UGCCAUUGGGGACUUUUCCCCCCUCCUUUCAGGUCACUCUACUCAUCCACGCUUCUAUUUUCUUUCUCACUCUCUCUUACUUUAUUCAUUAAAAAUGGCUGCCGGCACCAUCGACUUCCAUCGCUUGAGCUGGGAAGAUGCACGGGAAACACUGCGGCAGUGGAGAGAAGAGAACGACAGGAGGUCGGAAGAGACGGUCGAGUUGUGGCAUAGUGUGAUCGCCAAGAAUAUUAAAAAGCUGGGUGACGAAAAAUGGGUUGUCUACGAACAAGUGUGCAUAGCAGCCUUAGACUGUCACGAAAUGGCGCUCGCAAAGGAGUGCUUGAACAAACUGGGCGAAGAGUUUCCUGGGAGUUUACGAGUGAAGAAGCUGGAAGCGAUGCAGCUGGAAGCACUUGAAAAGUACGACGAGGCGUAUGUGCAGUACGAUGCACUGCUGGCUCAGGAUGAGGCAAACUCUGCAGUGCACAAGCGACGAGUGGCAGUGCUGCUGUCACAGCAGAUGGUUGGGGAAGCGGUGCGCGAGCUGAGCGACUACUUGCGCCGCUUCAUGGGCGACCAGGAGGCCUGGCUGCAGCUGUGCGGGCUGUACCUGCGGGAACAGGACCUUGCCCGUGCCGCCUUCUGCCUCGAGGAGCUCAUCCUCUGCAAUCCACACAACCACCUCUACUACCAGCGCUACGCAGAGAUACAGUACACAAUAGGCAACAUGGAAACAAUGGAGCUGGCAAGGUCGUACUUUGCACAAGCAGUCAAGCUGAAUCCAAACAACAUCCGAGCACUCUACGGACUAUUCUUGGCUGCCAGUCACAUCGGCUCUCACCCCAAGAGUUCUGUACAGAAGAAAAAGGACAACCAGCGAUACGCAGCUUGGGCAUCUCAACAAAUCACAAAAAAGUACCAAGUAAAAACAGUGUGAAGACUCCCAAGUGAAGCUGCUAGAAGGCAUGCUGACCACCCUACAGAUCAACUGAGGAUGUCCCCUUGGCCCAAGCACUCGCUCGCUUCUUGCAAACCUUGUAUUUAUACGGAGAGAAAAAAAAAAGAUUAUAUAUAAUAUUUGCAUCAACUCCUA